AUGGCUUCGAACCUCCCUCUACCUAUCCCGCCGCGCACCCCCACCCCACCCGCAGAUGACGAUCAACAUGCCUCCACGAUCAACUCAGGGAUGCCCAUUAGUCGCGAUUCACUGUCGCCGCUGAAGGCAUCCUUCCCAAAGGAUAUAAUGGACAGUGAGAGCAGAGACCACUUGAGUCCUACAAAGUCAUCCUUUAGUUUGGGGACUUCUCCGGUCCAGAAUGGCUCGGGCGACACCCCCGCGGGGCCGUUCAACUUCGAUACUGCUGUGAUGGCAAAGAGUCCAGUUAUCAAAUCGAACAUUGGACAACGUCGUGGCCACAAGUACAAGCACAGUAGCAUAUCGCAUCAGAUCUUCCUCGAGCCUCCUCCACGCGCACCUCUUGCCCUGCCCAAUUCUCUCCCGAUACCAACAUUGAAGGAAUGUCGAUCCAGCAUGUCGAAAGAUCAGAAAACCCGCUUCUGGUGGAGUCUAUGCCACAUGUCCAUCGCAGCGUACACGCUCUGGACCGCGCAUGGAUCUCUAGCCAUGACAUCCUUGUCGCAUUUGAUUCUCUUCGACUCACUGGGUGCUCUCCUGUGUGUUGCAGUUGAUGUGCUGAGCAAUUUCGAAGUUUGGAAAAGAUCGAGCAUUCGCCACCCGUUCGGUCUUGAACGAGCCGAGGUUUUGGCUGGCUUUGCAAUGGCCGUGCUUCUUCUGUUUAUGGGGCUGGACCUGAUCUCGCAUAACCUGCAACAUUUCCUCGAGAAGUCUGGACAUGAGCCCCAUCGCCCACACGAACAUGACCGGGUCUCACUCGGUAGUGUGGAUGUGACUGCCGUCCUUGCUAUCUCUUCGACGCUGGUUUCGGCAAUCGGACUCAAGAACCAUGCUCGAAUUGGAAAGGCUAUGCGAUUUGGAUACAUUCAGUCUCUUCCGUCCGUUCUGAGCAACCCAUCCCACUUCCUCACACUCUCAUGUUCGGCCCUGCUGCUAUUGCUGCCCCUCGUCUCCAUCCGAAUUUAUGAUUGGCUUGACAAGCUUCUGUCUGGAACGAUCGCAUUUUCCAUGUGUUUCCUUGGGAUGCGAUUGGUGAAAACCCUUGGCUCGAUGCUUCUCAUGUCUUAUUCAGGUCCAGGCGUGGCCGAUGUCAUCAAAGAUAUUGAAGCCGACCCCUCUGUGAUCGGGAUUGAUGACGCACGAUUCUGGCAGGUGCACUAUGGGUUGUGCAUGGCUAAUCUCAAGCUACGUGUCGGUGGAACUGAAGAUAAUCUCCUCCGGUUGCGGGAAAAGAUAACCAGUUUGGUCCGUAACAGGUUAGGGGGAGGCUAUGGUGGAGGUGGUCAAAAAUGGGAGGUCUCCUUACAGUUCACGAUCGAGCGCACAUAA